AACUUGACAACAAAAACAAAACCCAAAACAAGCAAUCCAAAAACCUUCUCUACUUCUUGUUCUUGUUAUUCACUCAUUCAAUCUCUUCUUCUCCACCCAAUUUUCCUCUCUCUCUCUCUCUCUCUCUGUUUGACGUGAAAUUCACACUCAUCGUUUACCAUCAAUUACAAUGGAGAUCAGUACCUCGCCGGAGAAAGACAACCCUUCUCCCACCACCUCUCCCCACAGCAAUGCCAGCAGCACCACCACUGGGCCGCCGCUCAAUCUGAUCCCCACCCCACCCCUCACCCCCACCGUGCCCAGCCCCAAGCCCAUCUCCAGAUCUCACGAGCCCAGUCCUUACCCCACCACUUUUGUCCAAGCCGACACCUCCACCUUCAAACAGGUGGUGCAAAUGCUCACCGGAUCCUCCGACACCGCCAAACAAGCCUCCAAAACCGAUCCAGCUCGCGGCGGCGGUGGCAGCAGCAUACCGCCCAUCAAAAGCACCGGGCAGAAGAAACAAGGGUUCAAACUCUACGAGCGGAGAAACAGCUUGAAAAACGGGCUCAUGAUCAACACCCUAAUCCCGGGCUUUUCUCACUCCUCGGGCUUCUCGCCCCGCAAUCCCGAGAUCUUGUCGCCCAGCAUUCUCGAUUUCCCUUCGCUGGUUCUCAGCCCGGUUACUCCUCUGAAUGAGGACAGCUUCAGAAAGCCCUCGACGGCGCCGUCACCGUCGCCUUCAACGGAGGAGGAAAAAGCGAUUGCGGAGAAGAAGUUCUACUUCCAUCCGUCUCCGAGGACAACGCCGAGGGGCGCUGAGCCGCAGCUCUUGCCGCUUUUUCCGACGACUUCGCCCCGAGUUUCCGGGUCGUCUUCUUGACGGCGAAGAGUUUCAACGCCGAGUAAUCCAUCGGAGUUAAGGGAUUGAAGAGUAAAAGUAAAGGCAUUGUACAAUUGAUUUUGAAUUUUCUUUUUGCUUCUCUUCUUCAUCUUCUUCCAUCUUUACUCACAAACUAAAAAUUCAAAAAAAAAAAAAAAACCUACUUCGUCUCAUUGCUCUAAUCUUUUAUUUCUACUGUCAUCGGAACACAUUCCAUGCAUUUUACAUAUUCAAGAUGUUUUUAUAUUUAUUUAAUUAAAUGAAUGAAAAGUUGAUAAUAAAAAUCUUGAGCUAGUAGCACUAAAACUUAUAUACUAACAUAAAGGAGUGACU